AGCUGGUGCAUACGCAUGGUCACCAGCCCGUGGUUCGAGCGUGUGAGUAUGAUGGUGAUCCUGCUGAACUGCGUGACCCUGGGAAUGUACCAGCCAUGUGAGAACAUCGACUGCUCCUCAGACCGAUGCCAGAUACUGCAGGCCUUUGAUGCAUUCAUCUACAUCUUCUUUGCUUUGGAGAUGGUGGUAAAGAUGGUCGCCUUGGGAAUCUUUGGUCGACGCUGUUACCUUGGAGACACGUGGAACCGGCUGGAUUUCUUUAUUGUCAUGGCGGGAAUGGUGGAGUACUCCCUGGACCUGCAGAACAUCAACUUCUCCGCCAUCAGGACGGUGAGGGUACUGCGGCCUCUCAAAGCCAUCAACAGGGUGCCAAGCAUGCGUAUCCUGGUGAACCUGCUGCUGGACACUCUGCCCAUGCUGGGGAACGUUCUCCUCCUCUGCUUCUUCGUCUUCUUCAUCUUCGGCAUCAUCGGGGUGCAGCUGUGGGCGGGGCUGCUGAGGAACCGCUGCUACCCCGAGGAGAACUUCACACUCGCUACGGGCAUCAGCCUGCCCCGGCCCUACUACAUGCCCGAUGAGGAUGACGAGCGGCCCUUCAUCUGCUCCUUGCCCGUCGACAACGGCAUCAUGUCCUGCUCCGACGUGCCCGCCCGCCGCGAGGGAGGCCGGACCUGCUGCCUGGACAAAGACGACGCCCUGUACCGGCAGACGCUGGGCCUGAGCCCCGAGCCGCUGGUGAACGGCAGCGUGAGCGUGGCGGGGCUCUGCGUCAACUGGAACCAGUAUUACACCAGGUGUCACACCGGACACAGCAACCCCCACAAAGGAGCCAUCAACUUCGACAACAUCGCUUUUGCCUGGAUCGUCAUCUUCCAGGUAAUUACUCUAGAGGGCUGGGUGGAGAUCAUGUACUAUGUGAUGGAUGCUCACUCCUUCUACAACUUCAUCUACUUCAUCCUGCUUAUCAUUGUUGGCUCCUUCUUCAUGAUCAACCUGUGCCUGGUGGUCAUCGCCACCCAGUUCUCGGAGACCAAGCAGAGGGAGCACCAGCUGAUGCAGGAGCAGAGAGCCCAGUGCUCGUCCUCCUCCACGCUGGCCAGCGAACCGGGCGACUGCUACGAGGAGCUCUUCCAGCUGGUUUGCCACAUCCUCCGCAAGGCCAAGAGACACACCAUCGCCCUCAUCUGUGCCCUGAGGGGGAAACCGCGGGGCUUCAGGGGCGUCGGCAGAGGUGGAGGAGGAGGAGAGGGGAGAGAGAGGAAGGCCAAUGGAGGGGGAGAGCCUGAGAGGAGACGGGCGUUAAGGCGUGGUGCUUCUUGCCCCCACCAUAAUAAACCCGACCACGCUUCGUCUGACCUCGCCGCCACCGACGGCUGUCCUCACUGCACCAUGGCGCUGUCGCUCACCGACGGGGCGGGGCCACCCGGGGGUCGGGCCACCAACGAAGCCGAGGAGGGAGCCGUGGAGGAGACGGACAGGGAGGACGUCCAAGCGAGCGGCAAGGAGAAGGGCAAGAAAGGCGGGGAGGGAAGCGGCGGGGAAUGCAGUCCCACGCGGCGCUGCAGGGAGCUGUGGUACGAGAUGAGGAUGAAGCUGUGGGGCAUCGUGGAGAGCAAGUACUUCAACCGAGGCAUCAUGAUCGCCAUCCUCAUCAACACCAUCAGCAUGGGCAUCGAGCACCACGAACAGCCCGAGGAGCUCACCAACGUUCUGGAGAUCUGUAACAUCGUCUUCACCAGCAUGUUCUCUCUGGAGAUGAUCCUCAAAAUCACAGCGUUCGGCUCCUUCAGCUACCUGAGGAACCCCUACAACGUCUUCGAUGGCAUCAUCGUCAUCAUAAGUGUGUGCGAGAUCGUCGGCCAAUCAGACGGGGGUUUGUCCGUGCUGAGGACCUUCAGGCUGCUCAGGGUGCUGAAGCUGGUGAGGUUCAUGCCGGCGCUGAGGAGACAGCUGGUGGUCCUCAUGAAGACCAUGGACAACGUGGCCACCUUCUGCAUGCUGCUCAUGCUCUUCAUCUUCAUCUUCAGUAUCUUGGGGAUGCAUAUCUUUGGCUGCAAGUUCAGUCUCAAGACAGAGGCUGGAGACACAGUGCCGGACAGGAAGAACUUUGACUCUCUGCUGUGGGCCAUCGUCACCGUCUUCCAGAUCUUGACUCAGGAGGACUGGAACGCAGUUUUGUACAACGGCAUGGCGGCCACCUCUCCACUGGCUGCUCUCUACUUCGUGGCCCUCAUGACAUUUGGCAACUACGUCCUCUUCAACCUGCUGGUGGCCAUCUUGGUUGAGGGCUUUCAGGCAGAGGGAGACGCCAACCGUUCCUAUUCAGACGAUGACCGCUCCUCUUCAAACUUUGAUGAGAGCGAGAAGCACAACGACUCCCUGAAGUUGUCUGACCCCAGGAUCUGCACCCUGACACCCAACGGCCACCUGGAGCUGGGAGCUGUGUCGGGACCCCGAAGCUCCUACUCAUCAGAGAGGCGGAGCUUCGCCAUGGACUCGAGGAAGAGCAGCGUGAUGAGCCUGGGCAAGAGCAGCCUGGAGAGACGCUCCUUCUCAUUGCGACAUGGUAGCAGUUCAGCCUACCACAACUGGGGGCGCCCUCUCCACCCGCAGUCUGCAUGGAGCCGCAGGUCCAGCUGGAACAGCCUGGGCAGGAGGAGCUAUGGGGUUGGGGGGGCUCCCAUUGUGGGAGGCAGCCUCCGCGUCCACAGCACCCGCUCCCCAAACUCCUACUCCUACCCUGCCGAGCAGCAGUCUCUCCUCUCCCACCCGCCGCACUCCCACCAUCCUCUGCCCCCUUAUCCUCCCCCUGCAACCUCUCUGUUCCUCUCCAGAUGUUAUGCUGCCAGGAGGGACCGGCGGGCUCUUUCCCUCGAGCUCCCAGAGCUGCUCCGGGGCCACGGCCAGCCCCCCGCCCACCCGGACCCAAGGACGAGGAGUGGCUCUGGGGCAGGGGGGUCUAUCACUGGGGGGUCUGGAGCCGGUAGUGGCGGAGGGGUGGACCACCGAGACUGCAACGGCAAGGCUCCAGGUCCCCAUGCCCAGCUGCUGGCCGAGGUUUUCCCCCAGCUCAAACCCCGCAAGGACAGAGCUGACCUGGAUGAAGAGACAGACUAUAGCCUGUGUUUCCGCAUCCACAAGAUGAUGGAGGUGUACAAGCCAGACUGGUGUGAAACCAGAGAGGAAUGGUCCAUCUACCUUUUCUCCCCCCAGAACAAGUUCAGACUGCUUUGUCAAUCCAUUAUCGCCCAUAAGCUCUUUGAUUACGUAGUUUUGGUCUUCAUCUUCCUCAACUGCAUCACAGUGGCCCUGGAGAGGCCAAAGAUCCUGCAAGGCAGCCUGGAAAGACUGUUCCUCACCAUCUCCAACUACAUAUUUACCGCCAUCUUCGUUGCUGAGAUGACUGUCAAGGUGGUCUCCAUGGGGCUGUACCUGGGCGAGAAGGCCUACCUGAGGAGCAGCUGGAACAUCCUGGACGGCUUCCUGGUCUUCGUGUCUCUGAUCGACAUCGUGGUGUCCAUGGCGGGCGGGGCUAAGAUCCUGGGGGUGCUCCGUGUUCUCAGGCUGCUCAGGACCCUGCGUCCCCUCAGGGUGAUCAGCAGGGCUCCAGGUCUGAAGCUGGUGGUGGAGACCCUCAUCACGUCCCUCAAGCCCAUCGGCAACAUCGUCCUCAUCUGCUGCGCUUUCUUCAUCAUAUUCGGUAUCCUUGGAGUUCAGCUCUUCAAAGGGAAGUUCUACUACUGUUUGGGUUUAGAUGUGAAGAACAUCACCAACAGAUCCGACUGCCUGGCAGCCAACUAUCGAUGGGUUCAUCACAAAUACAACUUUGACAACCUCGGACAGGCUCUGAUGUCCCUGUUUGUGCUGGCCUCCAAAGAUGGCUGGGUCAACAUUAUGUACCAUGGACUGGAUGCUGUGGGAAUAGACCAGCAGCCGGUGAUCAACAACAACCCGUGGAUGCUGCUCUACUUCAUCUCCUUCCUCCUCAUCGUCAGCUUCUUCGUCCUCAACAUGUUCGUGGGCGUGGUGGUGGAGAACUUCCACAAGUGUCGGCAGCACCAGGAGGUGGAGGAGGCCAGGCGGCGCGAGGAGAAACGCCAGCGUCGCAUGGAGAAGAAGAGAAGGAAGGCCCAGAAGAUGCCAUACUACUCGUCGUACGGCCGGGCCCGGCUGGCGAUCCACGCUCUGUGCACCAGCCACUACCUGGACCUGGUCAUCACCUUCAUCAUCUGCAUCAACGUCAUCACGAUGUCUCUGGAGCACUACAGCCAGCCACAGUCUCUGGAAACUGCACUGAAGUACUGCAACUACUUCUUCACCUCCACCUUUGUGAUCGAGGCCUCGCUGAAGCUGGUGGCCUUCGGCUUUCGGCGCUUCUUUAAGGACAGGUGGAACCAGUUGGAUCUGGCAAUUGUGCUGCUGUCAGUGAUGGGCAUCACCCUGGAGGAGAUUGAGAUCAACGCCUCCCUCCCCAUCAAUCCAACUAUUAUUAGGAUCAUGAGGGUGCUCAGGAUAGCUCGAGUGCUAAAGUUAUUGAAGAUGGCAACAGGGAUGAGAGCUCUACUAGACACAGUGGUCCAGGCUCUGCCUCAGGUGGGGAACCUUGGCUUGCUCUUCAUGUUGCUCUUCUUCAUCUACGCUGCUCUCGGGGUGGAGCUGUUUGGAGAGCUGGUGUGUAACGCCGACUACCCCUGCGAGGGCAUGAGCCGCCACGCCACCUUCGAAAACUUUGGCAUGGCCUUCCUCACCCUCUUCCAGGUCUCCACCGGUGACAACUGGAACGGCAUUAUGAAGGACACGCUGAGGGAGUGCCCCCCAGGACAUCCCGGCGCCGAUUACGGCUGCCACGCGGGGCUGCAGUUCAUCUCCCCCAUGUACUUUGUGUCCUUCGUGCUCACGGCCCAGUUCGUCCUGAUCAACGUGGUGGUGGCCGUGCUCAUGAAGCACCUGGACGACUCCAACAAGGAGGCGCAGGAAGACGCCGAGAUGGACGCCGAGAUCGAGCUGGAGCUGGCCCAGGGAGGGCUCUGCUGCAUGAUGGGGGGCAUCGGCGCCAUCGCCGGAGCCACGGGAGGCGCCGGAGCCGGGCCGGGGAUGGGCGGGGGCGCCGGAGGGGCUGGAGCGGUGGUGGCAGGUGCAAUGGGAGGAGCAGGUGGUGGCGUGACGCCGCCAGGGCGAGAUGGAGGAGGAGGUGGAGGUGGAGGAGGAGGAGGGCACGAGGGCCACAGACACCGUCGAUGCAGGCUGUACUCCCCAGCUCAGGAGAGCCAGUGGCUGGACAGUGUGUCUCUGCUGAUUAAGGAUUCGUUGGAGGGAGACAUGAUUGACAACCUCUCCGGCUCAGUUUUCCACCACUACUGCUCUCCUCCUGUCUGCAAGGACUGCAAGAGACACCCACAAGAGAUCCGAUUGGCCGAGGUGGAGCAGGCGUCGCUGAUGUCAGAGCAGCUGUCCGACAAGUCGUCGUCCCUGGCGCUGCCUGAUGACCUCAGCCUGGAUGAACACAGCAGCUACCAGCUACUGGUGCGAGACAGCCAGAGGGGCAGCACUGACUCCCACAGCUCAGAGGAGUUACCCACGCAGGGGUGCUACAGAGGGCUCCGCCCCCCCAGCUCAGGCAGCGAGGACGGGGUCCAGGGUUUCUUAGAGGUGGGCGUCCACCCCCAGACCACCUCUGCCCAGCUGGCGCAGCAAAGCCCGGCGCACCACACAGAUGGAGAUGGAGGAAGUUGUGGCGGAGGUGGUGGCGGAUCUUCGCCCCCUGUCUUCCAUCUACCAGCUGACUUCUUCCACCCCGUCGCUGCGGUUCAUCCAGGCAGCCCGGGGACCGGAGCCAGCCCCGCAGAGAGAGUGCCAUCUCGGCUGGCCUCCCCAGCGUCCUGGGCCUCCCUGCACUCACAUGGAGCCAACAGCAGGCCCCUCAGCUCUCAGCAUCCCUCCCAUAGUGACUCCUCGCUGGCCACAGGCAGUUCAGAGGGCAGCCUGCAGACCACACUAGAGGAGGGGCUCAGCUUCAGCGUCUCCCCACCUCGGGAUCUGGACCUCCCGCUCCUCUGCCCCAUCCCCAGCCACCCCCUACACCCCAAGGGACCUGCCACGGGAGCCCAGGGCCACCCUUUAUUAAAGGGACGCAGUACUACAUUUAACCUCCAAGCUACCAGGGGGCACCAGAGGAGCCAGAGCAGCUGCGGUGGCGGCAGCACGAGUCCCGGCUGUCCCCGUCAGGACUCCAUGGACCCUUCAGAUGAGGACGUGGGGAUGGGUACAGGCGGGGAGGGCUGCAGCCAGGCGUACAACAGCGAACAUUUGUCAGAAACGCUGAACAGCCUGUCGCUGACGUCACUGCUCUCCCCGAGCUCUCUGGCGACCCCCCUGGUGAAAAAGUGUAACAGCACAGGCUCACUGGAUCAAGCCAAUCUAGCCGCCCGGGGUAAAGACGGCCGCCAGUUCUGUGGAAUAGAUGCUCAUGGCUACUUGUCCAACCCCUGGACAGAGGGGAGGGCGAGAGCAGAGGACGAGGACAGUGACAUCACAGCUUUCAGCAUGAAAAAUAGCGGCCGGCCCAUGAACACAAGCUCCAGGAAAAACAGAUGA